UUUGUUGACAGGUUACCUUAAAGAUUAUCUUAAAGAGAGUUUAUCUUAAAGAUUCUAUAUAUGAAUAAAUAUAUGAAAAUAGAAAGUCAUUUAGUUAAAUAUGAAUUGAUGUAGGAAUUAAAUAGCACCCAAUGAUGUUCCCACUCACCUUAGUUAGGUUUGAUUUAUAUAAAAUUAUUUACAUGUGAACGAAUGAAUUAAAUAGUAGUCUCUCCACUUCUAGUUUCCGAGAAAAGAGAAAAAAAGAAUGCUAACAACCCCACAAUACAAAAACUAAUGAGUAUUUUGGGGUCCAUGCAUGGCAAACUCAUUCACUCUUCUCAGAACCAAACCUCGUCUCUCUCCUUACCUCUUCACCCUCUUAGCUUUCAUUCUCUUCGCCGCCCUCAUCCUCAACACACAUGAUUUCCUCUUCAUCUUCCACCCUCGUCUCCAACAACUCCAUCCCAACGCCGACACACAGGCAGUACUCGGUGAGUUGACUCGCUCCAACACUGUUCAAACGGCGGAGAAAACGGAGGAAAAUGUGUGCGAUGUGUUUAGCGGAAGGUGGGUACGGGACGAGCUGACUCGGCCAUUGUAUGAAGAAUCGGAGUGUCCGUAUAUACAACCGCAGUUGACUUGUCAAGAGCAUGGACGGCCGGAUAAAGAGUAUCGACGGUUACGGUGGCAGCCUGACGGUUGCGAUGUUCCCAAAUUCAAUGGCAGUUUAAUGCUAGAAACACUCCGUGGGAAGAGGAUGAUGUUUGUUGGAGACUCCCUCAACCGUGGUCAGUAUGUCUCUUUGAUAUGCCUUCUCCAUCAACUCAUUCCCCAACAUGCUAAAUCUAUGGAAACCUUUGAUUCACUCACUGUCUUCACAGCCAAGGAAUACAAUGCUACAAUUGAGUUCUAUUGGGCACCUUUUCUUCUUGAAUCAAACUCCGAUAACGCUGUCAUCCAUAGGGUAACUGAUAGGAUUGUGAGAAAGGGUUCAAUCAAUACGCAUGGUCGUUUUUGGAAAGGCGCAGACAUUUUGGUAUUCAACACCUAUCUUUGGUGGGUAACUGGCUCCAACAUGAAGAUAUUGCUUGGUUCUUUUAAGGAUGAAGUAAAAGAGAUUGUUGAGAUGUCAACAGAGGAAGCCUACCGAAUGGCUAUGAAAAGUAUGCUUAGAUGGGUGCGAAGGAACAUGGAUCCCAACAAAACUAGAAUCUUCUUCACCAGCAUGUCACCUUCUCAUGGAAAGAGCAUAGAGUGGGGCGGGGAACCAGGAGGAAACUGCUACAAUGAAACAACUCCAAUUGAGGAUCCUUCAUAUUGGGGAUCUGAUUCACUGAAAAGCAUAAUGCAAGUGAUUGGAGAAGAGUUCAGAAAAUCCAAAGUUCCUAUAACAUUUCUCAACAUUACUCAGCUUUCCAGCUACCGCAAAGAUGCGCAUACAUCAAUCUACAAAAAGCAAUGGAAUCCACUGAGUCAAGAGCAAUUAGCCAACCCUUCUAGCUAUGCUGAUUGUUCACAUUGGUGUUUACCUGGACUUCAAGAUACUUGGAAUGAGCUUCUCUUUGCGAAAUUAUUUGAUCAUUGAAUUGAAAACAGCAUCAAAAUUAAAGAGAUAAUUGUUCUCUUGGGUGAAGGAUUUUACAAGAUAACUAUAAUCAUAGAUACAAAUUAUAGUAUGUUAUUUAUAGGAUAAUAAUAGUUGUUUACAGAGGUUUUCAAGUUUUGAAUUUAUGAAAACAUAUUUCUCUCUUUACAUUAAAAGAGGAUUGGCUGUGAAAUUUUGAAAACAUCCAUCCAACCCUUCUUGCAAUUCCCAGAAGAGAAGUAUUAAAAGGAAGAAAGAAAGGAACAUAGCUUGAUUGAUGAAUCGAUUACUUUACUGGUUUAUUCAUGUUGUUGUAAAAUGUAGGCUAUAUUUUACAUUUUUUAACACUUACCGAUUUCUUUCUAAGUUUAUGGUCAUUUUGAGACAUUAUAUCAUGUUUAAUAAGUUAUUGUUGCGACUAUUCUAUAUAGUACCGUUUGGAGUAUCAAG